AUGAAACUUCAAAACGGUCCAAGAGCCACACUGGCCUUCACCUUAAACUGCUUGGCCUUCACUUUGGCCGUGUCUGCUGUAACAACCAGCUACUGGUGUUCUGGGACCAGGAAGAUAGUGAAGCCCUUGUGCACAGGCCCAGAAAAAGUCAAGCAGAACUACUGCAUCCACUUCAAUAGCUCUGAUGCGAACAACACACAUCUGGUGCAGUACAUUUACGAGACUGGAGAGGAAAAGUUCAUACUGAAAAAAUUCCACACAGGCAUUUGGUUCACAUGUGAACAGGCUGUUGAUCUAUUAGGAUUUACCUGUAGAGCGUUUUUAGAGAUUUCACCCAAUCAUGAAAGAGGAGUGUUAUGGCUGUGUAUUAUUGGUGAAUGUUUGUACAUCACUUUGCUGUUUAUUGGAGUCUCACUCAUGGCAGUGGAGAUGUGUCACUGCUGUAAUACAAUGAACCGACUCAAGCUGAAUGCUUUUGCAGCCCUGUUCACUGCACUUUCAGGUCUUAUAGGCAUGGUAGCACAUAUGAUGUUCACCACAGCCUUUCAGCUUGCAGUCCUUAUGGGUCCAGAGAACUGGAAACCCAAAACCUGGGACUACAGCUGGUCCUAUCUUUUGGCCUGGGCCUCCUUUGCUACCUGCAUGGCCUCAGCCGUCACUGCCCUCAACCACUACACCAAAACCAUGAUCCAGUUCAAGUUCAAGCGAAGGAACAUUGAAAACAACCUGGAGCUCCUGGGACUGCUUUGA